GAGAAGCAGAGAGGCUGAGACCAACCAGAAGCCAACAACUCUCAGGCUGAAGUUCUCAUCCUCACCCUCCAGCAUGAAGGUCUCCGCAGCCCUCCUGUGCCUGCUGCUCACAGUGGCUGCCUUCAGCACCCACAUGCUGGCUCAGCCAGAUGCAGUUUCCAUCCCAGUCACCUGCUGCUUUGGUGUGGUCAAGAAAAAAGUCCCCAUCCAGAGGCUGGAGAGCUACACAAGAAUCACCAGCAGCCAGUGUUCCCAGGAAGCUGUGAUCUUCAAGACCAAAGUGGACAAGGAGAUCUGUGCUGACCCCAAGCAGAAGUGGGUCCAGGAUACCAUGAAGCGCCUGGACCAAAGAUCCCAAACCCCGAAGCCUUGAACCUUCACACCUGGCCUGAGAGACAGUCAGAGCCUGAGGAAAAUCUUAUUUAUUUUCCCCCAGCCUUCUCUAGAUGCAGAGUCAUAUUAUUUUAUUAUUUAAAAAGAGACACUUUGGUUAAUAAUUUAAAGCAUAACAUUUCUUAAAUAAUAUUUAUAUUUAAGUUAUUGAUGUUUUGACUUUGUCUGCCACGAAUCCUCGCGAACGCACAAUGCAAAAUUUGGAGAUGUGCUUUCUUUUCUGAGAGCUCAGUGAAGCUCAUGGCAAGAUGGCGUCAUUCUCCUUCCUGCCUCCCUGUAACGUUGUGAGGUCCUCCCAUGGAUCAUCGGAGCAAAACACUUGUACGUUCUUAGGAAAUCGGUGCUCCUGAAGUCAAAUGCGUGCUAUGGAGUGGUGUUGUUGAAAUUAAUGUUAUUAGAUGACUAUGGAAUUUUCAAAGAAAAUAUAUAUAUAAUUUUAAACUA